AUGACCGCCGCCAAUCACGACAAAGUAGGCUCGCAUCAUGUCGAGAGUCUUGAUAAAGUCGACAGUGUGAGUAGCGAGCCCACCAAGGAUCGAGCCAACCUCGCCGAGGAUGCCCUCCUUGCAACUGAGGAUGAACACAACACCACCUUCUUGCAGGCCCUCAAGCGCUAUCCCAAGGCUUGCGCUUGGUCAGGGGUCGUGAGCUUGUGCAUUAUCAUGGACGGGUAUGACACUGCAUUGAUGGGUAGCUUGUUUGCCUUUCCCGCGUUCCAGCAGAGAUAUGGCCAUGAAAGCUCUCCCGGAAAAUACCAGCUGGAUCCCCGUUGGCAGAUGGCUUUGGGUAUGAUUACUGGGGUGGGAAAUAUCUUCGGCAUCUGGCUCAACGCAACCCUCACCGAACGCUUCGGCCAUAAAAAGAUCCUUAUCGCAGCCAUGAUUGCGCUCACCGGCCUGAUAUCCAUUCAAUUUACCGCACCGAGCGUGGAACAACUGUUCGUUGGACAGAUCUUAUGUGGUGUCCCAUGGGGUAUGUUCACUACCCUCGCCCCUGCAUUUUCAUCCGAGGUCGCGCCCCUCGUGUUGCGCAGCUACCUAGAGACUUGGAUUGUUUGCUGCUGGGGCAUUGGCCAGUUUUUCUCCUUCGCCGUCAUCUUCAGUCUGAACACCCGCAUGGAUCAAUGGGCCUAUCGCAUCCCCUUUGCUGUGCAAUGGGUUUGGCCUGUCCUGAUACUGCCCAUUGUGAUUUUCUGUCCAGAAAGUCCUUGGUGGUUGGUUCGGAAAGGUCGUGAGGAGCAAGCAUUGAAGUCCAUAAUGCGACUGUCGUCGGCUCAGAACAAGGAGAUUGCACAGGAAAAGGCCAAGAAGGCCUUGGCCCUCAUGAUCGAAACCAACAACCUCGAAAAGGACAUCGACAAAGGUACAUCGUACUGGUCCUGCUUCACUGGCACCGACAGGAGGCGGACAGAAAUUGCCGCGGCUUCUUGGGGCAUCCAGGUCACAUCAGGGUUUGUGAUUCAAGGUUACGCAACAUACUGGUUCCAGCAGGCAGGACUGAGCCCCAACGACUCCUUCAAGAUGACGCUCGGCAUCGGCGGCAUCCAUCUCGUCUGCAAUCUGGCCUCGGCAGCACUCAGUGGAAACUAUGGCCGCCGAAAGCUGUUCCUUUGGGGGCUUGCUGUCUUGGCAGCUCUCAUGUUCUUGAUCGGUUUUCUUGCCCUGGCCCGCCAGACUGCUGGCUUUGGAUAUGCAUUGUCCGCAAUAUACCUACUCUGGUUUGGCAUCUGGUGCCUCACGAUCGGUCCUCUACCUUAUGUCAUCAACGGUGAGGUGUCCAGUACCCGGCUCCGCUCAAAAACAAUCGCCAUUGCCCGAGGCACGUAUCUAAUUCUGGGUGUGAUCAACUCCACCGUCAGCCCUUACAUCCUGAACCCAGACGCUGGCGACUGGAAGGGCAGGACAGGUCUGCUCACUGGUGGACUUACUGUGCUGUCACUUGCAUGGGCAUGGUUUAGACUUCCAGAGACGGGUGGUCGGACCUUUGAGGAGCUUGACAUUCUAUUCACCGAGAAGAAUUUGUCGGCCAGAAACUUCAGCAAAGCCGUCAUCCAUCGCGAAGGGACCACCGUCAGAGUCAGUGGACCUCACGUACGGGAAGGUGAGUACCAUAUCAGAGCAACCACGGCGUAG